UGCCUCGGUUUCGCGACGAGGUUUCAGUAAACGGAACUUGGUGCUGUAAUUCACAGAAAUUCUGAAUAUGGAACCACGGGCAGUUUGAAGACAAAAAGUUCUAAUUAGACCGAUUAGCAACCGGCGAAGAAAUUCAAGAUGUCAAUUUCUGGAUUAAUGUCCAAGGUCACGUUUGUCAACAAGGUUCCAUUGUUGAUGAAAGCAACAUCAGCUGAUGCAUCACUUCCAGCUGGGCACAUAUAUGAUGAGAUAGCUAACAUAACAUAUGAAUCACUGGCACAUAACGAUGUUCUGGUUGAGUUUUUAACAGAGCGACUGAAAAAGGCAUCUCCUCAUGUCAAGCUUAAGGUGCUGUUGAUAAUGAAAGCAGUGGUGAGGAAAGGUCAUAAAGAGUUUCAACAAUCCCUGAGUAAGCAGUCACAGGGAAUCAGGGAGGCUAAAAAUUUCAGUGGGCCUCCUGAUCCUCUUCAUGGUGAUGCACCAUAUGUUAAAGUAAGAGAAGCUGCAGGGGAAUUGCUUGAACUGUUAUUUGAUACAGAUGGGAAUCAGAAUGAUGCAAGGUCACAGCAAAUCAAUCAGCCAACAAGGAAGAUGGAGGGUUUUGGAAGUAGCAAUUAUGGUGGUGCUCGUCAAAUGCCAUCUAGUUUCAUAACAUCAUCACGAAGCCAGGAAAAUCAAGAUCGUGGUGCGUUGGGAAACGCAAUACAGCAUGUGAAAGAUACCUUUUCUUAUGCUUUUAACGAAAAUGCAAAAGCCAUUAAUAACUACCAUCAGCGGGAUUCAGAUUUGUCUGGUUCAUAUCAACGGCUUGAGGAUAAUGAAAGAAAAUUCAUAAAGAGGCCGUCACAAACACUGAAUCUUCUGGGCAGCAAUGCAGACACGCCAAAAAGAGUAAAUUUAAAUAGCAGUAAUGUUCCUGCUGUUGAGCUGAGAGAAGAAGCAAAGUGGAUGUCUUCGAUGGCUAACACUGAAAGUGCUUACAACGAUGGGUAUUCGAGCCAAAAUUGGUCCCAAGAAUCUGUACUGAUUGAAAAGGUAACCACCCCAGGGGGAGUUCGCCUCGCCCCUGGGAAAACAGAAUUGCAAGAUUUUAUAAAGAAGUGCGAAUCGCUGAAUUUUGAAAAGAUCGUCGAAUUGAUUGAUGAAAAAUUGCAAAGUUCUGACUACAGAGUCCAAAUGAAAUCUUUGUUCCUGAUUGAAAGUCUUCUAAACUGCUCUAUUUCAAAUGCUCGUGAAACUAUAGCAGAGCUUUUAUCAAGCUCUCUAGAGGCUUUGUGUCAGUCCUCCCAGACCGUUGUGAAAAAUAAAUCCAGAAAGUUAGUCCAAAUAUUGAAAAGUCAAGAAUCCAUCUUCUCUAACCAAGAAGAUAUACAAACUGAGGAUGGAAAGCUGCAACAAUCUGAGGAGUUUCUUUUGGACCUACCAGCUGGAACGACUACUUCACCUGACAGUGCAACUGAGCAAUCGGCUGUCCAUGGUGCUGACGCUGUUAUAACCAACGGUGAUGACUUGUUGUCCCUUAUCGGCGAUCUUAAUAUCCAAGAAAAGGCACAAGUCAGCAGCCUUAUGACACAAGAUUCUCAUCCUAGUGACGUUUUUGGAAUAAUUUCACAAGAAGUUAUUGGGACCACUUCCGUCGCAGUGUCAGAACCCAGCUCACACGGUUUCCUAGAUUUUGAUCAGUUCGCUAGACAGGCAAGUGUGCUUAAUAAAGCUAGCGAUGUUUCUUCUAGUUCUCAGAGUAUGACAUCUAAAUCUACAAGCUUUGCAAACUCUGAAGCUAACUUUAACUUAGACAUCAUAGACAUAAACCUCGAUCCUUUUGCCACGCCUGUUGAAAGGAACACAACAAUUGGUCGUCCUCAUUUAGAGCCAGAAAUCGACCUGGAUCCGUUUAGUGCCGCUGCAAACAAUUUAGGACAGGUUAAUGCUGAUUCACAUAAAAGUAACUUCGAUUUUCUGUCACAGAAUGACUCAACAGACCUCUUUUCAACAACAGAAAGUGACAAGAUUGCAUCAAGAACUUUUAGUCCAUCCCAAAAUUCAAUCAUGACUCAACAAUCGAGUAAUUGGGGUUUUCAAGGCAGUUCAUCGGAAUACCAGCAGCUGAACAUCUCACCGAGUAUGAUCCCCUUGCAAGGACACAGCCUGCAAGGUAGCAAUGUUAUUUUCAACACCGCUGUAAUCAGACCAACAACUCGUACCCAGUCUCCAAUAGUGCAGCGACCCGGAAUCUCCCCUGGGGUAAAUCCAAUGUCGAAAGGUAUGAUUAGACCAAAUGCACCUAAUGCCAAUGGAUUUGAUUUUAUUGGUGGUGGUAAGAAGGCUGGUGCGUUUGACUUUGUAAAAGAAGCGAUGGAAGCAAGUAAAAGGAAAUGAUUUUAUUAAGUAUAUUAUAUUUGUUUCUUUUGUGGAAAUGUCCCUGCUAGACAGUUGUUGAAACGGUAACUACAAUGCCUGCUAAAAGUCUUGGAACUCCCAAAGCAUUUUUAUCAUUAACAUUAGCAGUUCCAUCUCUCCCCUUUAAAACAAUGUUGGAUUUUUCACCAUCGAAAUACAUUAUUUGAACAUAGCUUAUAAUUUUGAAGUUGUUAUGGCUGAGCUGCAAAUCUAACAUUGUUUUGGGGGAAAGGGGGCAAAUCAGCUAUUUCUAUUAGAAUAAAUUGAAAAUAGAUCGAGAACGAAUGGAAAUUGCUUUGAAGUUCCUAGUGAGUUUGGCUAGCAUUGUAGAAUAUUUUCCUCGUCGUGAAACUCCUUUUUUCUUUUCCUAGUUUCAGUAUUAAUCUGAUUGUCAAUGUGAUGGUUAAUUCGUUAAUAAAACUGUUGAUAAGCAAUAAAUGUUUGAAGUAACACGAUGAAUAAAAGGUUUAACGGCUGCAUAUUUUAGAGAAAAAGCUAGACACAUUUUUGAAGACAGGAUAAAAAGAGAUGUUAGGCACAGAAAACCUUACUUAGUAACAAAUUGCGUAGGGCAAUGAUUUAUUUUGGAAGAAUGAAAACAAUCGUUGUGUUAAAUGUGCUUCAUUUUAUAUUAUAAAUAUUGGAUAUUAUUUAGAAUAUGUAACAGAAAUAUUGCAAAUAACAGAAAUAUGUUAUUUGUGAAUAAAUUUCUGAUGUGAAUAUCAGACAUACUCAACCAUUCACAUCGCUGAUUAUCUAAAAUCAUCUAAAAUUUUUCAGUAGAAUAUAUUGGGGACGAUGUCUCCAUUAUAUCUCUGAACACAUUUUUAUAUGAGUUCGAUCUUAGCUAAAAGCCAAUGUGGGUUUUGAUUAUAUUUCAAUUUUGUACUAAAAAUCCCAUACUAUUUUUAUGUUUUUAUGUUUAUGUUAUGUUCUUAUGAUAUAAACGUAACGUAAUUAGGCCCACGAUUAAAGAAAAAUGUAGGUUCCGAUUUUUCCCAAGUGUAUGUUCGGCAUUUUGUCAGGUCGUAAGUCAAAUAUCGACUCAGUCGUAUGCACAUUUUUGUCCUAUUGGAUUUAUAAAAAGUCCGCUGAAUUCAUGUGUAGUCGCAUCAGACACCCAGCAGAACUGCAGAAUCGAAUUUUCUAUUUUUUCCCCCUCAUUGUUAUUAUAGACUUUUACAAGAUUAAGAUAUCAGACGUUAGGUCAAUUUUAUCUAGCACAGAUUAUUAACAAAUAUAUUAUUGUAAUAUAAUUUUCAUGAUUUAUUUGAUGAAAUAUGUUUAGCUAACUAUCUAAA